AUGGACGACAAACCCCCCCUACAGAUCACUUUGGCUGGGAUCGAUGAGGAUGAAGAAGCCCUGGAAGGAUAUGUCGUUGAUCCCAGCCGAUAUCCUAAUAACGCGGCCGGUCUGAAAACGACUCUAGAUGAGUGCUAUGUUCUCAUCCCGCAACCCUUGGACACCCCCGAUGAUUCGUUGAAUUGGAGCUCGCGCAAGAAAUGGCUGAUUGUCUGGAUCAUGGCGUAUAUCGCGUUUCUUGCGGACUAUACUGGAGGCAUGGUAAUCAUCACUAGAGUGGAACCUGCCCCAGGCCAUGGUCUAAUGAGCCGUUGCUUCUUCGGUCGCAUGCCCGUUCUUCUGAUCUUUCAAGUAGUCAUGGUCGGGACAUGUGCCUGGUCCGCGGCGGCCACCAGCUUCGAGUCCUACAUGGCGGCGCGGAUCAUCAACGGGCUCCUCUGCAGUGUUGGCCAGGGAGGCGCAUUGCUCUGGAUUAAAGACCUGUUCUUCUUCCAUGAACACCCCAAGGUCAUUAACUACAUCGAGUUCUUCAUCAUCAUGAGUCCCUACCUUGGCCCACUGCUGACUUGCUUCAUCGUGACGGAUGUGUCCUGGCGCUGGGCCUUUUGGCUGUGUACCUGCAUGUCGGCCGUGGCCUUUCUGCUCGUCUUCCUUGUCGAUGAAACGCUGUUUGAUUGCAGAGGCCCACAGCUGUGGCGGGAGAGGAGCUUCCUCCAGUGCGCCUUGCGGCCUAUCGUCGCCAUUACCAGAAUUCCGGUUCUGAUUAUCUUGAUCUACUGCCUGCUCAACUUUGCCUGGGUGAUUGGAGUCAACACGACAAUUGGGAUUUGGCUGAGCAAUGACUACGGCUUUUCUACUCGUGGCAUUGGCUACUUCUACUUCCUCGGGAUUGUCGGCGUCAUUGUCGGCGGGCUGAUCGGACACUACCUCCACGAUGCAGCGCGUCUGAUCAUUGUCUAUCCCGCCACUAUUCUCUGCUGCGUCAGUCUGAUCGUGCUCGGGUUCGCCUUUGAGCGCCACUGGCAUUACAUGGUCAUUGCCGUCUUCGCAGCCAUGCAAUGCAGCAGUAUGAUGAUUAUCACGACCGCCAUCAACGCAUACCUGCUCGACUGCUACCCCGAGGGAUCCGGCGAGGUGGGUGCGUGGGUGACGGCCAGUCGCAACUGGGGAGGGUUCGUGGCUACGUAUAUUCAGAUCGACUGGUUCAGCGGCAUGGGACCGGCCAGGGCACUGGGGAUCCAAGCGGCCAUAACGUUUGGGUCGCUGUUCUUCAUGGUGGUGCUGCAGCUUUUUGGACAGCGACUGCGGAAGUGGCAGGGCAGAAUGUAUUUUGGCAAAGCUGUGAAAUCUACAUAG